CCAUUGUGCUAUAGCUGCUGUGGUUUACUGAAUUAGUGUUUUCCAACAGUAGGAGGACAUUUUUCUGUCAGCACAAACAUCAAAAACAAAUGUCUGCUAUUUCAGCAGAGGAACUUCUAUUCAUCAAAGCAAUGAGAAGAGCAAGCAUGUUACUGAAGCUGAGCUGUGUGCUUCUGCUCAUCAUCCAGAGGGAUACAGAAAGUACACGGGUCAUUGGUGAAUGCAGGACUGUGGUACAGGGGGAGGAUGUGGACUUAUCCUGCAGACUGAUAGAGACAACUGAGGACCUCGAACAGAUAACAUGGCAGAAAAGUACUGCGGAAGAAACACAGAACCAUAAUUUUAUGCUGAUUAAUCCCAAUGGGGUUACUACAUUCCUUGCAUCGAAUGGAUUGAGUGGUAGAGUCCAGUUUAUUGGGAACCCAUCAGAAAACCUUGGAUCUAUUAGAAUAACAGCUGUCAGACUGUUGGAUGAAGGCACCUUCAAAUGUAUCUUCAGUGUUUUCCCCAGUGGAACAUACACUACAGAGAUACCUCUGACUGUGCUAGUUCCUCCAGUAGUGAGUGUGACAAUUGAUGUUCCUCCUGUCACUGGGAAGAAUGAGGUUGUCUUGGCAACCUGUAUGGCUGCUGGUGCCAAGCCACAGGCAGAUGUGACGUGGAAGUCAGGUACAUUUGGCAGUUUGUUGAGGACAGUGACUAACUUCACACAGCACACCAAUGGAACCACCACAGUACUCAGCCACCUGCUCGGGUUGCCAACCAGAGCAGCCAAUCAGCAGCAGGUCCAGUGUGUGGUCAGCCAGUCUGCCCUGGCAACAGAAAGGAGCUACAACUACACCAUAGACAUCCACUAUCCACCUCAGACAGUGAACAUUACCUUUAGUGAGGCCUCUAAAGCCACAGUCUUACGAUGUGUAGCAGAUGGCAACCCACACCCCAACUACAUCUGGAGCAGAGUGGCCCAGCCAUGGCCUGGGUCUUCAGUGAGAGCAGAGGGAGACAUACUGCACUUCCUCAGUCUCAGCUCUGAGCUGAAUGGUCUCUAUGUCUGUGAGGCCUCCAACCCCUACGGACGAGCAACUGGUUCCCUCAAUGUACACAUAUCCUCUGAGACCUCUGCUGCCUGUUGGGUUCUACUCGUUGUCAUUCUCUGUCUGAUUGUUGCUGCACUCAUAUGGUACCGGUGCAAAUACGGACAGUUUCCUUGGAGUCCAAUCAUAGCCAAUCAACAGUUCCAGGCACCACUACAGGUUGAGGAAGAUGAACCUGGGACGUCUGGGUUCUGACACUCCAAACCAGGAAGGCGGAUAAGGGAGAAGUAACAUGAUAAAUCACUGGACAGCCUGAGAACAGAUGCCAGAAGAAGCGCAGACAUGGAACGGGCGGGCCAGUCCAUAGCAUCAAUGCCUUCCUCUUGCAGGAACUGCUGACACACUCCAGCCACAUGAGGUCUAGCAUUGUCUUGCAUUAGGGGGAACCCGGGGCCAACCGCACCAGCAUA